AUGCCGAAAGAUUACGAAAAAGAUCUUGUGAAUCAAGAAAGUGAACAGUGGCAGGACAUUAGGAAUGCAAGAAAAAGGUAUUAUCCCGAGGGGAAGGAGUAUUCUCAUGAGGAGAGCACUCCAAGGUACGGGCCUCAAGUUGAUGUGAGGAACACAGCCAGAGGAUAUUAUUCCGACAUGGGGCAUAUGCCUUCUAACAUGAUAGGAAAAGUCGGGGAUUCUGGACUGGAUAAUGGAUACCAUUCUAGAGGAUUGGCAAGAUCCCCACCGCCCAGAACGUCUCAUGAAGAUGCAGACCUGAGUGAUGCAAUGAUGUUUUUAAACAAAAUCAAAGAAGAGUAUGCAAAUGAUAUGGUGACCUACGACAACUUUCUGGAAACAAUGAGGGAUUUUAAGUUUGGAAAAAUUGAUGCAGAGGAGGUCUGUAGGGCUGUAAGGGUUUUGUUCCGAGAUAAGGCUCAUCUUAUAGAAACAUUUAAUGAUUAUUUGCCUGCUCAUUUGAAGUUUUACGGAACAUCCUCUUCUGUGGUUGGCUCUACAUCUCAACUACCUGAUAGGCCUGGCCCGUCUAUUGGAUCUUCUCCGCAAUACCGAGGAGGUUUAUACGGGCCUGGAGGAAGAAUACCUAAUCCUCAAUUAGGAAUGAAUCCACCACCACAUAUGAACCCUCAUUGUGGGAUUCAUCAAAGUUAUGUAAGUCAACCCCCUGUUAUGCAUUCAUCUGUGAAAGUAACAGGGCAAGGCGGAAAGUAUAUGCCAUACGAGCAAAGAAGAGGAGAGGAUUUUGAAAGAAUGAAGGCAAGACAAGCACAAGAUUUUAUUCAGAGAGUCAAAAAACGCUACUCCCACAAUCCUAGCAUCUAUAGGUCUUUUGUAGAAAUUCUUCAAUCACAUCAAGUAAAAAAUGGAUUGUUUGAGAAAAUGAAGGCAGAAGUAAACAGCCUGUUGUGGGAAAGCCCCGAUCUAUGCGAAGACUUUGAAAGAAAUUUUGUACCUGCAAGAAGGUAUAUAGUACACGAUGAAAGAAACGUCCUUCAAAGGAUCAAAGAGCUUCUGAAGAGUAAGAAUCUCCUUGAUGAUUUUUUGAAGUGUAUAAACUAUUUCAACCAGAAGUUUAUCAACGAAAAGGAUCUUUUGGAGCUAAUGGCGCCUCUUCUAAGGAAUGAAGAGCUCAUAAAAGGAUUCAAAUCCUUUAUCAACUAUAAGGAGCCCCUGAGAGAGACUCCAAGAAACCUUGAAAAAUAUAGAAAGGAAGGAUCUUACAGAAUUCUUCCUGAAGAAUUAAGAAGUGAAAGGCAAGAUCCCAUAUCCAGGGAAGUAUUGAAUUUCACAUGUAUAGGAUGCCCAACUUUUGAGUCUGAAGAUUCAAAUUACGUGUUCUUGAAACGCAAUGUGCAUGAAGAAGCAUUGUUUAGAAUUGAGGACGAAAGGUCAGAGGCAGAUUUGGCAAUUGAAAGAAUUCAAUAUUUCAUAAAUUCUCUAGAGCAAAUAAUCAGUCUCAACAAAGACUCAGAAAUUAGUAUGAGAGAUAUAAAAAUGUCUCCAGGUAUCAUAAAGGAAAUUUUGAAAAGCAUUUAUGACAAGUCUGCACCAGAGAUACUUGAAGGAAUUCUGAUGAAGCCCCAUAUAGCCAUACCGAUUGUAAUUAAAAGACUUUAUAUGGUGAACAAGAAGCUUAGACUUUGCAUGAGAGAGAAGAAAAAGAUAUGGAGAGAAGUUGUGGAAAGAAAUUAUCACAAAGCAUUGGAUGUUGAGGGGCCAUCAUAUAAGUCUUCAGAAAAAACCAUUUUCACCACAAAGAAUAUCGUAGAGACAGGAGAAAAAGGAUUGAGAGUUUUGAUAGACGACCAGGAUGUGAUCGAAGACGUCAUGGAUCUUUGCAAAGCACACAUAAAGGCCAAUCAGACAGAUGGAAAGAAGGCGCUUGUAUCUAACAUGAAUUCAGCUUUGGAGACCAUCUUCAAAAAAUUCAUAAUGGACGAGUUUGCCAUUGUUUCUGAUUUCCCUCUUUUUUGCAUUUUUAGGUUUUCAAUUAUAGUAUAUGAGAGACUACUAGAAAUUAAGAAGGCAGAUCUGUCCAAAUCGGAGCUAGAACAGCCAACCGCCUCCAAGUACCUUGAAGUAAAGAACUCAUGCCUUGAAUUUAUGAAAAAGAACAUUGAUGGAUAUGCCUUUGAGGAUAGAAUUAGGGAACUUACUGACUGUAAAGGAUUCAAGCUUUACAACAUAAAAAAAAUGAUCUCUAAGAUAGAAAAGCAGGUCAUAGCCCUGAUCGAAAAUAAGCAAUCAUUUGAUUCUCUUCAUGGAAUAAGCGAAUUUGACUCUGGUGAGAUUCUCUAUUGCUUCAAAAAAACUAAGAAUCUUAUUGAGAUUGGUGUUAUAGGCCCUAAAGAAGACGAGGCGUGGGAUGACUAUAUCGAAAAGUUUGAAACGCUGACUCCCUGCGAGGGCGUACUAAUUUCCGAUGCCGCGUUCCUACCGAGAACUUGUAAGAAGCCACCAAUAACAGGUUGUUUAAAGCAAAAUAUGAAAAUACAAUUGAGUCCUGGGACUUACAGGAUUAAGUAUAUUGCUGACUCCGAAUCUCUUUACAUGGGCCCUAGGAUUUCUUCAAAAAGGAAAUAG